GCGAUUUUCUUGCGCUCGAGCAAGACGUCUGUGAGUGUGUGUGUGUGUGAGAGUGUGAGUGAGAGAGAGAGUGUGUGAGAGAAAAGAGGAAGAGCUGAGGAGGGAAUAAUCUACAAAAUAAAAACAAAAGAAAGAAAGAAAAUCGAAACAAACCAAUAAAACGGAGGAGAUUCUGGAGCAAGUGAAAAUAUUUCCUCAGAAAGAAGAAGAAUACGAAGCAGGAGUCGGUUCGUUGUCUCUCCGUUUGCACCGACCGGUUUCAGGAUUUUCUUUUCUUUCCUUGAGUGUUGGAGGUAUCCGUGACGACCGUCCUGACGCUCCUCGUCCUGUUAACGUUCCCGCCAUGGAGCUGCCGCCGCACUCGAAUCUCUCCGUUCAUCCAUGAGGAAGACGAGAACGAUCGUGUAGUAAAGAGGACCGAAGAGCAUGUGGUGUCUGACAGAAUGACUCAGUCAGGAGAAAAAACUUGUGUGUUUUGCAGUGGAACUUCAUAGACACACACACACGCAGUUUCUAUGGCUGCAUUCGCAUAGAGCCGUUGUGCUGAACCGAGUUUUGGUUUUUGCUGCGCUGUGAUUGGCCAGGAUGCCUGCGAAAGGGAAGUACUUACUAAAUGAGCAGAAGCUGAAACAGGAAGCGCUUUACAGGAAGUUCUCCUGCAUCAGCCAGUAUCAGCCUCUGGUUUUGCUGCUCGGACUGAGCUUGCUCACGUGUGCUACACUGCUGGUGAUCUUUUUCAGCCUGCACCUGAGUGUGCAGCGCCAUGUAGUGUUUGUGGGUGUGGUUAGCGGUGCCUUCUUUGUGUUCCUGACAGUGUUUGUGUUGGUCUGUGCUGAGGCAUUCACUCAGAAAUGGACCACGCUGUUGGGUCUGGUGGUCUGGGCUACACACCUCACCAUGGGGUUUACCUUCAUUUACUGCACAGAGCUCAUUUUUCCUUGGGACCAGGUGCCUUUCUUCCUCUUCAUCAUCAUCACAGUGUUUGCGUUACUCCCCUUCCAGAUAAGGUACGCCAUCAUCCUCAGCAUCGUCUCCUCCCUCUCCCACAUCAUCGUCCUGUCGGUGCACUUCACCUUAGUCAAGUCCGACCCGACGCCUCACCUCAAAAAUCAGCUUUUGUCCAACGCGGUGGUGUUUGUGUGUGGGAUUGCCGUGGGAGCGUUUCAUAAGGUUCUGAUGGAGAAAGCACUCAGGCAGACUUUCCAGGACACACUGCGCUGCCUCAGUGUCCGCAUGAAACUGGAGAUCGAGAAGAGGCAGCAGGAGAACCUGUUGCAGUCAGUAUUGCCUGUGUAUAUUUCCAUGGAGAUGAAGCUGGCAAUAAUGGAGCGCUGUAAAUGCAAAGAUAAGGCGGCACAGCAGCGGCUAGUCAAGGACAAUAACUUCCACAGUCUGUACGUCAAAAGGCAUGAGAACGUCAGCAUCCUUUACGCAGACAUCGUCGGUUUCACCCGUUUAGCCAGCGAUUGUUCUCCUAAAGAAUUGGUGAUCAUGCUGAAUGAGCUCUUUGGAAAAUUUGACCAGAUUGCCAAAGAGAAUGAAUGUAUGAGGAUAAAGAUCCUGGGUGAUUGUUAUUACUGUGUGUCUGGACUUCCUGUCUCCUUACCGAGACACGCCAAGAACUGCGUCAAAAUGGGAUUGGAUAUGUGUGAAGCUAUUAAGUUGGUUCGAGACGCUACAGGAGUGGAUAUUAACAUGCGCGUUGGCGUGCACUCCGGAAACGUGCUCUGUGGCGUGAUCGGUUUACGCAAAUGGCAGUUUGACGUCUGGUCACACGACGUCACCUUGGCAAAUCACAUGGAGUCCGGAGGGGUGCCUGGCCGGGUGCACAUCACCGAGGCCACUCUGAAGCAUCUGAAUAAAGCCUACGAGGUGGAGGAAGGAAACGGCCACCUCAGAGACUCUUACCUGAAGGAGCUCAGCAUCAAGACUUACCUGGUUAUAGAUCCCCGGACUAAGGACCCGUCCCAGAGCAGCCGUACCGUUCCUAAGCAGCGUGUAAGCGACGGUUUAAAGAUGCGAGCCUCUGUGAGAAUGACACGCUACCUGGAGUCGUGGGGGGCCGUGAAACCCUUCGCCCAUCUCCAGAGCAGAGAGGGCUUCAUCAAUGAUGCUAUGGUGAACAGCAAGACCCGCUUCAAGGACAUUCCGAUGAGAUCAGCGCCGUUAAAAAUAACAGAAAGCUUUGAUGAGUCUCUUGAGGAGUCCUUGUCCUUUCCUGCUCCUCCCUUCAGUGUGAAUAAGAAUAAGUCCCAGAAGACCAAGUUUGAUGAGCAGUUGCACAACGAGAUGAUCACCACCAUUGAUGAGCUGAGUUCUAGCAAGCAGUGGGUGAAGUCGGAGGAGAUUUCUGGACUUACUCUCUGGUUUACUAAGCGUGGACUGGAAAAACAAUACAGGACUACAGAAAUGUCUAGUUUUAAAUACUACAUCUGCUGUGCCACCUUCAUCUUCCUCUGUAUCUUCAUCAUUCAGAUGUUUGUCACCCAACAACCUACGCAGCUGGGGCUGGUGUUUGCGUUGUUGGCGUGUGUGUUACUGCUGAUCGUUGCCAUCUGCUUCGCCGGUCACAUUCAGAAACUCUUCCCGGAAAAGUUGGAAUCGUGCCAGUGGUUGCCGGCCUUAUCGGAGGCUGUGGUUAAGAGACCUUUUGUGCGCCUCCCGCUAGCAACUAUUGCUACGACUAUUAUCGUUAUCAUUGCCUUGUUCAACCUGUGUUUUAACCCAGUCGAUUCUGUUCCUCCUGUUUGGAGCAAUGAAAGCUGCAUAAAAGUGUUUAGUAACCAACAUCCUAUGUGUUUGCCUUAUUCGGUGUAUAGCUGCAUCCUGACAUUACUGGUGUGUGGAGUAUUUUUGAGAGUGAGCUUUGAGUUAAAGGUGGCCUUCCUCUUCAUCGCUUCAGCCAUUUAUUACAUCAUCAUCGGUUAUAGUCAGAAGGAUCUGUUCAACAAGUACAGCUGCUUUCUUUAUGAAAAUACCAACAGUACUGAGGAACAUGCAGAUUUUCUGAUGAACGGAGGGCUGAUGAAACAUCCACAGACGAUGAGCUGCAUUUACAUCACUCUGUUCCUGUUAACCAUGCUGCUUAUAUCACGUCAGGAUGAGUUUUGUUGCCGUCAGGAAUUCCUGCUGAAAAACAAGAACCGCACGGACAAGGACGAGAUCGAGCUGUGUGAGAAUUUGACGCGGCUGCUGUUGGAGAACGUUCUCCCGGCUCACGUGGCCGCGCUGUUUGUGGGCGAGAACAAAAAGAACGAGGACCUGUACUACAAGUCGUACGAUUGUGUGUGUGUGAUGUUUGCUUCAGUCCCCGACUUUAAGGAGUUCUACACCGAAUGCGACAUCAACAAAGAAGGACUGGAGUGUCUGAGACUCCUUAACGAGAUCAUCGCCGACUUCGACGAGUUGCUGUCUAAGCCGAAGUUCAGCAGCGUAGAGAAGAUUAAGACUAUCGGCAGCACGUACAUGGCUGCUGCAGGUCUUAGCGGGACACCUGGACAGGAGAACAACCAGGACCGAGAGCGGCAGCCGGCACAAAUUGGCAUCAUGGUGGAGUUUGCCAUCGCUCUGAUGGGAAAGCUGGAUGGUAUCAACCGCCACUCGUUUAACAGCUUUAGACUGCGUGUGGGAAUAAACCACGGGCCAGUAAUAGCAGGAGUGAUCGGAGCACGCAAGCCACAAUACGACAUCUGGGGAAAUACCGUGAACGUAGCGAGCCGAAUGGAGAGCACCGGAGAACUGGGCAGGAUCCAGGUGACGGAAGAGACGUCGGACGUGCUGCAGAAGCUUGGUUACUCGUGCGAGUGCCGCGGUCUGAUCAACGUGAAGGGGAAAGGAGAACUCAAAACGUUUUUUGUAUGUACAGACUCCAAUAAGCAGCAGGGAAUGGGUCUCAGCUGAAAGCGCUGACAUUCUCUCUCUCUCUCACACGUACGGACGGACGGACAGACGGAUGGGUAGGGCUUUCUUUUUUUUUUAUUAUGGUAUUUCUUGGAAGGUGAAAUGUUUUCUUAUGCAAGUCUGAGAGGAUUUCCAAAUGUUAGAAGACUCUGAUAGAAGAAUAUAAAAACCCUAAGAAACUUUGAACAAAUAUACACUUUUCAGACUGGCUGAGAUGGAACGUUCCCACUUAACACUGGAGCAGGGGCUUGUUUUUUUUUUUUUUUUUCCAGUUUUCCGUGACCUUAACCUUAAAAUUCUGCACUGUUCUGAUCUUUUAAAAAAAAAACUAUGGAGACAAACUAACAGAAGAAGAGGAACUCUGGGCGUUUUUUAAUCCUGCUGAUUGUCACCAUAAGUCUUUGUCUUAAAUCUGACUUUACUUGCAAAUGAUGGGACCUGCACACUCCAACAUGAAGAGGACAUUUUUUAAUUAUUAUUAUUAUUAUUAUUGUUAUUAUUAUUUACUAGGACAUGAUUCUGGAAGCGCAGAAUUUGUUUGUGUGUGAAGUUGUGAACAGAUUUGCUGCUGAACGACUUCAAAACUGUUAGAAUAAACUCUUUGGGUUUCCAUCUAUCUUUCUGUCAUUUAAGGAGACAAAGCAGAGCUAAACAUGAAUAAAUGUGCUGCAGUGUAUAAAAAAAAAAGAAAUAAAAUAAAAUUUGUGAAAAGUA